UCAGUUCGCGUCCACUGGCUCUGCUGCUAAUCAAUUAUCUAACCUCCAAUUCUAACAAUUGAUCGUCAAUUUCUUGAUUUUCUUUCAUGUUUAUGGAGACGUAAUCGCAGCGUCAAUCGCAAACCGAGCAGUCAAAGAAGAAAGGAUUCGGGAAUUGCAGUCGGUUCUCAGUUCCAUGGCUGCAGAAUUGAACUCAAGCUUAUCAUUAUAUGGUUGUGUUUUUGUUUUCGCAUUGCUUGCAGUUCCAUUGGAGUCGGCAGCUCAAGCUUUCAGGAGAGAUCCGGGACACCCUCACUGGCAUCACGGAGCCUUCCAUACCGUCCGUGAUAGUGUUCGACAUGAUGUUCGUCGCAUGCUUCAUUCACGAGCUGAGGUUCCCUUUCAGGUUCCACUUGAAGUGAACAUUAUCCUUAUUGGUUUAAAUGGCGAUGGAGCCUACCGGUACUUCGUAGAUUCACACAAGCUACAAGAGUUUCUGAGAGACUGCUUCCCGUCUCAUAGGCCAUCAUGUCUUGAGACUGGCGAGCCCAUUGACAUUGAACAUCAUAUCAUAUAUAAUGCAUUUCCUGCAGGUCAGGCUGAAUUGAUAGCUCUUGAGAAAGCGCUGAAGGAGACCAUGAUUCCUGCUGGAACUGCAAGAGAGACUGAUUUUGGAAGGGAUGUUCCUUUGUUUGAGGUUGAAGCCACAGCCGUUGAACCCGUGUUUCAGAAGUUAUAUUCCUAUAUAUUUGACACGGAGAAUGAGGGAUAUGCUACUGCUGAGAGGGAUAGACUAAUGCCAAUUGCCAUAUUUCUUGUCAACUUUGAUAAGGUCAGAAUGGACCCCAGACAUAAAGAAAUCGAUCUUGAUAGUUUAAUGCAUGGGAAACUUGACCAGCUAAAUGAUGAAGAUAUGAAAAAACAAGAAGGAGAUUACAUUUAUCGUUAUCGAUAUGAUGGAGGAGGAGCUACUCAAGUUUGGCUGGGCUCUGGCAGGUAUUGUUUGAAAGUUCCCUGA